CGAGUUGCAGAGCGCUAGCGGGCGGGGCCGAGGCGGUCAAGCCAAUGCGAUGGCUGGGGCGGGGUCGGGCGCCCUAUAAGUUGUCGAUAGGCGGGCACUCCGCCCUAGUUUCUAAGGAUCAUGUCUGCGAGUCAGGAUUCCCGAUCCAGAGACAAUGGCCCUGACGGGAUGGAGCCAGAAGGCGUCAUCGAGAGUAACUGGAAUGAGAUUGUUGACAGCUUUGAUGACAUGAACCUUUCUGAGUCCCUCCUCCGUGGCAUCUAUGCCUAUGGUUUUGAGAAGCCCUCUGCCAUCCAGCAGCGAGCCAUUCUUCCUUGCAUCAAGGGUUAUGAUGUGAUUGCUCAAGCCCAAUCUGGGACUGGGAAAACAGCCACAUUUGCCAUAUCAAUUCUGCAGCAGAUUGAAUUAGAUCUAAAGGCCACACAGGCCUUGGUCCUGGCACCCACUCGAGAAUUAGCUCAACAGAUACAAAAAGUGGUCAUGGCAUUAGGAGAUUACAUGGGUGCCUCCUGUCAUGCCUGUAUUGGAGGCACCAAUGUGCGUGCUGAAGUACAGAAGUUGCAGAUGGAAGCUCCCCAUAUCAUCGUGGGUACCCCUGGCCGCGUAUUUGAUAUGCUUAACCGGAGAUAUCUGUCUCCCAAAUACAUCAAAAUGUUUGUACUGGACGAGGCUGAUGAAAUGUUGAGCCGUGGAUUUAAGGACCAGAUCUAUGAUAUAUUCCAAAAGCUCAACAGCAACACCCAGGUAGUUUUGUUGUCAGCCACAAUGCCUUCAGAUGUUCUGGAGGUGACCAAGAAGUUCAUGAGGGACCCUAUUCGAAUUCUUGUCAAGAAGGAAGAGUUGACCCUGGAGGGUAUCCGCCAAUUCUACAUCAAUGUGGAACGAGAGGAGUGGAAGCUUGACACACUCUGUGACUUGUAUGAAACCCUCACCAUAACCCAGGCAGUCAUCUUCAUCAACACCCGAAGGAAGGUCGAUUGGCUCACUGAGAAGAUGCAUGCCCGAGACUUCACAGUCUCUGCCAUGCAUGGAGACAUGGACCAAAAGGAACGAGAUGUGAUCAUGAGGGAGUUCCGGUCUGGCUCUAGCAGAGUAUUGAUUACCACUGACCUGCUGGCCAGAGGCAUUGAUGUGCAGCAGGUUUCCUUAGUCAUCAACUAUGACCUUCCCACCAACAGAGAAAACUACAUCCACAGAAUUGGUCGUGGUGGUCGUUUUGGGCGCAAAGGUGUGGCUAUUAACAUGGUAACAGAAGAAGACAAGAGGACUCUUAGAGACAUCGAGACCUUCUACAACACCUCCAUUGAAGAGAUGCCUCUCAAUGUUGCUGACCUCAUCUGAGAGGGGCUGUCCUGCUACCUGGCCCCAGCCAGGAUUGAAUCCUGGGGGGCGAGGAGCAGCUGGAGGGGGGAGGGAAGGGAGCCAAGGGAUGGACAUCUUGUUUUUUUUUUUUUUUUUUUUUUUUUUCUUCCUUUGAAUAAAUGUCACUUUUUGAGGCAAAAGAAGGAACCGUGAACAUUUUAGACACCCUUUUUUCUUUGGGGUAGGCUCUUGCCCCAGGCGCCGUCUCCUCCCAAAAAAACACUAAUCCGUUUUCCCUAACCUAGUCACCUCUAGAUCCCAGAGGCUCUCCCACACCAGCCAAAUCCCUCUGAAGGUUCAAGUGACUAUAACAUGUCACAUCAAUCUCACUUUCUGGACCAAAUCUGUAGGGAGAACCCAGGUGGGGGGGAGCAGGGGAGAGAAAAUGGUAGCCAUUUUUACAUUGUUUUGUAUAGUAUUUAUUGAUUCAGGAAACAAAACAAAAUUCUGAAUAAAAUAAUUUGGAAACUGCCU